CAUUAUCCAAAGUUCCAGUGUCCUCGAAAUUAGUUGAUUUACACAUCAGAAAUUUGGUGUCAGUUCUCCAAAAUAUUUUCUCUAUAUAUUUCUAAAAAAAAGAUAAAUUUAUAUCCAAAUCAUUCCGAGCCCACCUAACUGUCUUUUUUUUAAUUCCCAAGAAUUACAAUUUUUUUGUUCUUCUUUUCCUUUUGAACUUUGAAGCUUUGGAAACAACAAACAAAAACCUGUUCUUUGUUUUUCUGUCUUCAACCACCAUUUUCAGUAAAAAAGUACAAAUUUUUGUUGUUCAAAAUCUUCACUUAUUUUCAGAAGUGGAUCUUUUUUUUAGGUUGUCAAAGGAUUUCAUGGCAUGUUCAUUGAAGUUUGGUUCAUAUUUUUCUGGGUUCAAAGAGACUAUGUUGGGCUCAAAUUCUAAUAGGGGUUCCUGGUUUUGCGCAUCAUUGAGUUCUUUAGACUCUAAGGAUUCAACAUCAAAAAAGUUUCCUCUUUUUAGCAUUGAUUUUUUGGGCAAACCAUUACUUGUCCCAGAUCAGAAAGGUUCAAUAAAUUGGAGCAGCAACCACCCUGGAAACAGAUUCUCUGUUCAAGCAGAAACAACCUGUGUGAGCAGAGGUAUGAGAUGGUGGGAGAAGAAUCUUAGACCCAACAUGGUGAAGAUCCACUCGGCAGAAGAACUUGUGGAUUCCUUGCAAAAUGCUGGUGAUAGAUUGGUUAUUAUUGAUUUCUAUUCACUUGGUUGUGGAGGCUGUAAAGCUCUCCAUCCUAAGAUCUGUCAGCUGGCUGAACAGAAUCCGAAUGCGAUUUUCCUAGAAGUUAACUGUGAAGAGCUAAACAACAUGUGCCAGUGUCUCAAUAUUCGUGUCUUACCGUUCUUUAGGUUCUAUAGAGGUGCUGAGGGGCGUCUAUGCAGCUUUAGCUGCACCAAUUCUACUAUCAAAAAAUUCAAAGAUGCAUUGGCAAAGCAUGGAGCAGAUCGAUGUAGCCUUGGCCCUGCUAAAGGUUUGGAUGAGUCUGAGCUGAUGAAAUUAGUAUCAGCUGGUGAACUAUCAACCAAUUUACAGUCACCUUCCACAAAAGAAGAAAAAAUGGAGGAUUUGCUAACGAGAAGAAUGGAACUGUCUGGUAUCUUGAACAAAGCAGAUAGUAAUAAGAUGGAGCUUGAAACAGAGCCUGCUUUGCAAUAGGUUGUGAUUUGUUAUUAAGCUCAUAGGAGAGUAGUUUUGAAAAUGGAGUAAAGUGGCUUCAGCCUCAUAUCUUGAUGUUGGAACUUCUCUAUUUUGUACUUGUAUAUAUCAUUAGCGAGGUUUUUCAUAAGCAGGCUCCUGGGUUUUUUGAGUUGAGCCCUGCCAAGUUUAUUUAUUUCUUAACGUCUUAUCAAGGAAUUGAUUCGGUGUUCGCUAGUAUUAAUCUAUAGAAUUGUUAUAUAAUAAAGGAUUGGUUCCAUUUUGAAACCAUUCAAGUUGAAAUUUAUUCUACGUUACUAAAUACUUUUCUUGCAAAUCCAAUGCUGAAUUCAUAUGCAAAUCCGCCAGUAUUAGCUCAAUUGGUAAUAUGAAUCUUAAAUUAUAAGUUUCUAAUUCCAGGUAUUAUUUCAUGGCAAUGAAGCUUUUGGCAAUAUGAGUUAUGACUGAAGAUCAAAUACAAAGUGAUGGAAAUGAAGUGAAGCACUGGAAGAAACAGUUUUUUUUUUUUUUUUUCAAAUAUGUUUAUAUAAAAAAAUAUUAGUGAAUUGAAUGAGAACCUGUGGCAGCCUAUAAGAAACAAACCGAAGAAAACAGGAUUUGCAAUUUGACUAUCAUUGGUCGGUGGAUUCAAAGUCUAAAUAAACAGGUAGACUAUUAUAUCAUAAGUAGAAAAAGACGAUUUUGUUUUGGAAAUUUCCUGUCAGAACAUGCAGCAAACAUAAAACGCUAACAAAUUCAAAAGUUUCUUGCAAUGGUCAUUGCAGUUUUAAACGCCAUCUUUGAAUUUUAUCUCAAUUAAAUAAACUAAUCAAGAUAUACAAAAUAUAUCAAAAUGUAUCUAAGAAGUACUUGACCAACUCUCCUUGCUGCACUUGAUACCUGGUCAUGAUGAUCAAAUGAUUCGGUUGCCGAUGGACAGUUUUCAAUAAGUUAAAAGUUUGGAAGAUGGAUGUGCUUCUUCAGGUUGAACACCUUUUUUGGUUAGUGGCUCAUAAUAGAUCGUUGACAAAGUAAGUUUGCUAUAAAAAGAAAUUUUUUUACAAGGUCGAACCUUAGGGAGAUUGGAAAAAAGGGAAUUGCAAAUGCUAAAAAUCGAAUUAUAAUUUUAUUAGAAUUCAUUUCUUAAAAA